AUGGCCGGCCACUUUGUUCAAGCCAGCGGAAAUACUUUUCCUGAAACCCAGUACUUCGCGGGGUUCAUGGAGCCUUGCCGAUUCGAGGGUGAGGUGUAUGACUUGGAGGUCAUUGGAGAGAUCCCCAAGGAGAUCAACGGCACCUUCUACCGCAACAUGCCGGAUCCUCAGGUGGCGCCCUUUGCCAGAGAUGACAUUUGGUUCAACGGUGAUGGCAACAUUAGUGCUUUUCGAAUCAAGGAUGGCCAUGUCGACUUCAAGCAGCGGUACGUGCGGACAGAAAAGUUUGAGAGGGAGAAAGAAGCUAGGCGAGCGUUGAUCGGAAAGUAUCGCAACCCGUACACAGACGCCGAGCCUUUCAAGAUUCGGUCAACAGCAAACACAAACAUAGUCUACUUCAACGGAAAGUUGUUGGCCUGCAAAGAAGACUCACCCCCUUACGCUAUGAAUCCGGAGACACUCGAGACUCUAGGAGUUGAGACAUUCAAUGGCCAGCUCAAGAGUGAGACGUUUACGGCUCACCCCAAGAUCGACGCAGUUAGCGGAGAGCUGAUCGGUUUUGGCUAUGAGGCCAAGGGUAUUGCUACUACUGACAUUUGCUACUUCUCUAUUGGGCCGGACGGAGUCAUGACAGAGGAGCUCUGGUUCAAACAACCACAGGUGUCCAUGAUCCACGACUUUGCCGUUACUGAGAACUGGGUGGUUCUUCCGUUGAUCCCUCACAUCUGCGACAUGGAACAACUGAAGAAUGGAGGAGAGCAUUGGUACUGGGAUCCAAAUAUGCCCAUCUAUUUCGCCGUAUUGCCCAGACGGGGCGGAAAGCCCGAGGAUGUCAAGUAUUUCCACGCACCAAACGCUUUCCCAGGCCAUACCGCAAACGCCUAUGAAGACUCUGACGGCAAUCUUUUGGUUGACCUGAGCAUCGCCAGUGAGAACGCCUUUGACUUUUUCCCUGAAAAAGACGGCACCACGCCAGACAUGACCAAACUCCGCGCGCCACUCAAGCGGUUCACCAUCAACCCUCAUUCUGACGUGGCAGAGCUCCCACCAGCAAAGAUCUUGCUGGAAACCAGCAACGAAUUCAGCAGGAUCGAUGAUCGUUUUGCCACAAGACGCUAUCGCCACGUCUUCAACAUCCUCAUGGAUCCAACUCUGGAGACUGACUAUCCGGCUGUCAUGAGAGCCAACCCUGGAGCCUUCUUCAAUGGCAUAGGACAUUUAGACUUGGAGACGGGCAAGCUGGAGAAGUGGUCUGCCGGCCCACGAGCUGGAUUCCAAGAGCCUGCCUUUAUCCCUCGCUCGAAGGAUGCCCCUGAAGGCGAUGGAUUCCUGAUUGUCUUGGUGAACGAUUAUGAAGCCAUGAGGAGCAAGUUGGUCAUUAUUGAUGUCAACAAGUUUCAGGAGCCGGUCGCAACCGUCAAGCUUCCUUUGCGACUGCGUCCUGGACUUCACGGCAAUUGGGUGGAUGCUGAGGACCUUGAGAAGUAA